CAAAUAGCACAGCAAUGGCUGUUAUUACAGAUAAAGAGUAAAUGGCAAAGACAUUUCCCGUGGCUUAGUGUGCUCUAACACAUCUGCUUUUCAAGUUGCCAUUUGCACCCUCACCCUUGGGGAGCUGUUUGGAUUCUUUGCUGCAUCACUGUUCUUGUAGCUUAUAACUCUGAGGGCGCUUUAAACUGUCAACUUGUUUCAGAUUAUUCUCUUCUCUUGCUUAAAGGACUUACCAUCUUAUUGGCUAUUCGUCAGAUCGUAAAGGGUGGCAAUUUGCAUAACCAGUUGAGAGGUUUUCACAAAUUACAGGCGCCGAAGCGCGGACCUACCACGAAACGUAACUGCUUUCGAAUAAGCUUUUAGAAAAUCAUACAAAAAUGAUUGAUGAAGAGGAAGAAAUUCUUAGUUGCCUGGAGAACCUUGAAAGUGAACAAUUUAAACGAUUCAAAGACCGAUUGCUUAAAAUUAACUUCGAAGGAUUCCAAAAUAUAUCCUCCUCUGAUUUGGAGAAUGCUGAUAAAAUAGAUACAAAGAAACAUUUAGUGAGUGUUUAUGGUAAGAAAGCAUUUGACGUUACUGUGAUGGUGUUAGAGAAAAUCAAACUGAGGGGAUAUGCCAGUGAACUAAGAGCAAAGAAAGAAGGGCAGAAGAGAACAGUUGACUUAGAGUAUAGUGUGAUACAAGAAAUCAAACGUCCAAAAUUACACAGCUCCUUUAAUAAGUCAUCUGAACUGGAUGAAUUGGAUGGACCUCUACCUGGUUUCAUCCCCAUUCUGCAACACUCACUUCAGCUGGACUGGAAAGGUGAAAUCAGCCUGGCAAAGAUGGAGGACUUUGCAGACAGGAACAGGGAGCAACUGAUCUGUAAGCUAAAAGUGAAAGAAAAAUUUGGAGGCUUUCAAAUAUUGGAAAAGAAACAACUCUUUAAAUUAAUGAAACUGAAAGACAGCUGGAUUUUAAAUUGGAAAAAAGCCAAAGAAGUUAGCAAAAAGUUGAGUAAAUCCGAACCAUUUCACUGGUCACUUGUGGAAGAACAGCUCUUUGAAAGGUAUUGUAAAACCAAAGGCAUUAAUAGGCAAGUCUCAUCAGAAAAUAAGAUGAUAAAUGGUGAGAAGAAAGAUCAAGGCCCCAGUGCAAUGGAGCAGAUUCUCAGAAAAAAAGAAGAUAUUAAAAGUGUUUUAGUAAGGAGACAAUGUAGUUUCUCAGAAGAUUCUUACUAUUAUGAUCGAACCAACUCAACCCAGGCCAAUGGGGCAGAUGACGAGUUGAUGCAUCUGAGUCUGAAUCUUGCCACUGAGGCAGAGGAGACAAAAACUAAGUUCCAGCAAAAUGAAGGUAGCUCUACCACAGUUAGUCUUAAUUUACUUUCAUGUAGAACACCACAAGUAGAAGAAGACAAUUUCAAGACUUCUGAUUCCUCCAUCCUCCUUUGUCAAGAAAAGAUUCUGUUGGAAAAAACAACUUCUGUGUGCCGGGAGAACAACACUGAUCACAAGUCCCAGAAUUACAAAGAACAUCUAAUGGAAGACUUAGAAACAAAAGGACAAGAUGCUUGUAAUGUUCUGCACAGGCACGGUAUGCACAAAGGUAUGUCUGCUUCAACUUUAAUGGUAGAAGAAAAGCAAAGUUGUAAAACAGACAAUAAAAAAGACAUGACUAAAGACAAAAUGCACGAGUAUGACUCAAAAGUGAAAGCCUUCGGAAAGUGGGUGGAAAAGGAAGUGAUUGAGUUAGCUGCUGGGGGAAAUCAAAGCAAAGAGGAGAGACAAAAAGAAAUCCUAUCCAACAUUCAAAUCAGAGAUACUUGGGAACACUCAACCUAUAAAUGUCUAACUGCCAAUAACUGCAUAUUAUACACUGAUCCAAAAGGUGCGCUCAAGCUAGUUCACCUGGAGAAUUCAAAACUGGAAUGCCUCACUAAAAGUGGAGAACCUCGUGAGGAUUUCAAGUUCAAAUGGCAGUACCACAUGUGGAUAUUUCAGGGGGUAAAGACAGAUAUUGUUUUCUCUGAGAGCGAAGAUAUUCAGUCCUACCCUUAUGAUGAAGAAUGGUUCAGAAACUUCCACAUCAAGUUUCCCAAGUUCUUAAAGGAAGAAGCCCUUCCAGCUAUUGCUUUGUACAAAGAGGCUCAACAAGAAAAAAUGUUCAGCUGCUUAGCAAAUGAUAACCAAGAAUGAAACAAGGAGUGACUGCUAUAAUGCUGUAGCAAUUUUAACUAGCAACACUUCUUUGUUUUCUUUGCCAUAUGCUUUGAGAGCCUAAGCACACUUUUUUGCCCUUUUUAAUUUUUUUCAUCCAUUAAAUACUUACCUUUCAGAUUCUAGUGCAUUUUUUGCUGCAUUUCUUGCAUUUUCUUAAUUUUAGUUGACCUUGUUUCCUUUGCCCUUCAUUUUUUUGCAGUUGCUAAAACCCUUUUAUUUUUACUUUUAUGCUUUACCAAAAUUAUUCCACCACCAUGUCACCAUGCCUAUAAGCAUAAACGUCAUCUUUUGUUUUAUGCAAGACAUUUAAUCUGCCAGCACCUCAUCAGCAAGAGUUGCCAGAACUUCAAUCUGCAGCACAUUCUCCCUUUUGGGAAACAAUGGUGUUUUAAAGUGGAAGUGUUUUAAGAGUGACAAAAUGCAGAAGCGCUUUAUGAAGGUGACCUGAGUGGGCUGAAGAACAUAUCGAUGGCAUUGGUGUUUGUUGGAAUGAAAAGAGUAGACCUAACCUCUAAAGAUGGAUCAAGAGAGUGGAAAGUAGAGCAAGAUCAUUCGAGAGGUGACUAGCCAAUUAGUUAAUGGCUAUUAAACUGCUGUAGAUGGAAAAAAGCCUCUGCAAAAGAAGAGCAACUUUGAAAAGAUCAAUUGUUUUUAUGUUCCCACUCAAGUCUUGGACAUGUUGACAGUUUGUAACCUGAAUACACACUUUUACACACUUAAAAAUACUUGUUCUUUAAUGGCAUUUUAUAGUUCUUUAUGGCAUGUGCUUCCUUGUAGAACCCUUACUUGAUAAAGCACCAUUUCAUUCUUUGAAGGGUUCUUUGCAUAUGAAGUUUGUUACUUGUGUAUUGAAAAAUGUCCGAAUAUGUAGAAAAAUAAACUAAAAAUAUUAAUAUAUGGUAGCAGAACACUAACAGAUUAAGAAAACCUGAACUGAGCUUGUGCUAUUGUAUGCAGCAAGAGUCAUUUAAAAAAUGACUUAUUGGUACAGUAUAUCACAAAUCUGUCACCAUCUAUUCACGGUUAUUUACUAUAUAGAGCCUGUUACAGAUCCAAAUGAAUAAAGUUUCUUUCUGGAACCUUAAUGUGGAUGGGUCUUUUGGUAACCAUAUAUGGUUCCCCUAUGGCUUCACUCUAAAGAAUCUCUCUGGCACCUUUAUUUUUUAAAAAGCAGACCGCAUUUUCUGGGCUUUUGUCUAACUAGCUUAAAACCUUUUUAG